CUCGGCGACCCACGCCCGCACCCGCCCGCACUCGGCUCCCGACGCCCAUACUGGACACACGCAUAAGAAGCUCACCUGAAGACGUCUCCUCUGGUUGCUCGCUGGAAGAUUCCGUUCUGUCUCCGCGCGCCGCCUCUCCUCCCAAGCAUCAAGGUCGACCUCGAGCCUCGCCCACGCUGUUCUGAGGAUGACUCCAGUCGCAAUGGCCGUCGGGUUAGCGGCCCUCUGCCUGGUACUCGUGGCCAGUCCCGCCGCAGGGAUCCCUCCGUGCCCGACGGUGUGCACCCUCGACUACCAACCUGUGUGCGGCAGCGACGGCGUCACCUACAGCAACGACUGCCAUCUGGAUAUCGCCAACUGCAAGAACCCGCGAAUCACCAAGAGACACGACGGAAAGUGCCGUUCCCUUUGCCCCGAUGCAUGUGGCUUCAACUACGACCCCGUCUGUGGCAGCAACGGAAGAACCUACAGUAACGAAUGCGAACUGGAGAGGGAGAAGUGUAAUGGCAACCGCUUCUUGAUGAAAGUGAAGGAAGGGCCUUGCAAUUAGGUUGCGAGUUCGAGGAAGACGCAGCGGGAGGACUGUUAACGGUCGCUGGCGGCCUCCCGAACCUUCAGCUUCAUGUUCGGUUCAUGUUACUCUUAAAUAAACCAUUGCUUAAACAGACUGAAUA